UCACGAAAAUCAAUGCAAUUUUUCAUACUCUCGAGACUCGAUUUCUCAACGCUGUUCAUCGCUUCGCAGAAUCAAGCUUGAUUGAUUGACUGAUACCUUCCAGCUUCAAAUCAGACUCUGGUUUUGUAACACACUUCCUCCUUCUUGUUAGAGUUGCAGCCAUUUCGUGUGGACUAAAGAGAGCGAGAGAGAGAGAGAGCUUUGUGCCGAACAAUGGCGUGGGCUGUUGAGAGGGAAUCUGAGAAUCUGCGUGUGAAUAGAUUGAGAGAAACAGAUUGCGAGGAUGUGUCAAAUUGCGGGUGAUUUUCUUGCCGUUUUAUUCUUGUUGGGGUUCUUGAGUCUCUCCGGAGCUUGAGCCGUAGCUGUGGAGGCAGCAGAAGCUCCAGUGUCUGUAUGUUGUUCGUAUCCUGAUGUGAGUUGGAGUAGCUCGAUUAUUUACGCACAAUGCUGUGCGUGGAUUUACGCGAAUGCGACCCUUGAGCUCAACGCUCGCGUUGCAUGGAAUUUUGUCGCUGUUGGGAUCUUGGUAGGUUACCGUCCACUUUAUUACACUUCAAGAGCCCUUUUUUCCUGGGUGUAGAUUUAACCCGAGGUCAGCGCUGGAAUUGACCCGUUGAUUCGUAUCCCUGCUUCGCUUUGCCAUGCAAAAAAGACGUGGGCCGGUACAUGGGAAAUGCGUUCUGCAGAUACCCUUUUCACGCUGUCCGUCUCUCUCUCCCUUUCUAUUGAGAGCCUAUGUUUCUGCUAAUUCUGUACUUACUCGCAUUUUUACUGCUGUUUUUGAGGUAGCAUUAUUUCCUUCUCCUAAGUAGCAAUGUCUUCUGGAAAGGACCCUUCCCGCUUUCUGGGUCUUUGAUAGAACUUUGUCUCCCAACACUUUCCAUUUCUCCUUUGCUUCUCGUCACACGUCUUGAGGUUCACAAUUUCUGAGCUGGUGAGACCAAUAUAUACAUAUAUAUAGAAAGAGCCAGUCGCAGCUUGCACUUUGUACAUAGCGUCGUUCGAUUUCAAUGUUUCAUCAUCGCUGUCGAAAUCUCAACUAAGGUCUCUCUCAGCUAGAGGCCCUCAGUUUCUUUGUAUCAAUUCGUGAUGUACACACAUGAUUCUUUGCUUCGAUCUUCGCUGAGGGACAGCUUCGUCCCAAUUAUAGUGUACAAAUACAGGUUACGUUCACAGCAGUAGGCUGCAAUGAGCUCGGGACUACGUAGCUUUGAUUGAGGGCCUGAGUCCUUGGUUGAGCUGUUACGACUGCUAAAAAUGAGCUCAGUGUGGUCUCUUGAAGGUCCUCGCAUCCUUAAGUUGCUGAAUGCGUAGGGAAACUUUGUAGUUUUAUCUGCAGCCUCGAAACUCGCGCCUGCUUUUCAUUUGACUGGUUUUGACUUUGUAGGUGGAUAUGCCCACCUAUACGCCAGCACCCCUACACGUCAUACAUUAUCGACUGCAGAGCGAUUGACGCACAAUCUAUCUUCUAAUUUCUGGGCAGUGGAAAGAUGGAAGCACUGCCCGUGUUAAGACUGCGUGUUUCGCCGAGGGGGCGUAAGAACGUGGCCAUCCCUUACGCAGAGGAUGGAGAGUUUUCUCUGCCAACUCCUUACGCUAGUGCGCCCUCCAGUCCUAGACGAGCAUUCGAAAAGGAAGUAGAGGAAGCUCCCUUAGGAGAGGUCCGGGCUGCCGUACCCUUCAUCUGGGAGUUGGUUCCUGGAAUACCGAAGAACAAUCUCGGUAUCAGCCUCGUAGAUGUGGGUCAUGUAUCUUCCGAUGAAACUGAAGCAACUGAGUACCAGGAUCGUGGCUCUUCAAGCAGCUCAGGAGAGUCGGAGACGACGGAAAGUUUGUCUCGAGGGUCGUCGAAUACCGAGUUCGAAUUUAGUAGCAGGUUUCAAGGGAUUGUGGAGCCCCCUCCGUGGCGGGCACCUCCCAUGUCUACAGCAGAAGAACUUUUUUCAAACGGUCAUCUCUUACCGCUACGCUUACCUCUACCCCCCCGGCUGCUGGCAGAAAAACCUCUCAGAAACUCGGACUCUCCUUGCUCCGAUGUUUCAAGCAGCAGCUCCUUCAAAAGUUACCACUCCCCACAGUCUCCCCGAUCGCCAAGGUCUCUAUCAUUAUGUAGAUUCACCAAGACUCUCGAUGAGGAUACGACGAUCCUAGGAACGAAAGGAGGGAAGCAGGAACUCAGGUCCCAUACGCCGCUGCUACCAUUCAACCGAGAAUGCCCAUCAUCCGGAAACAAUCUCUCCCCAGAAACCAAUUUCUGCAACGACUCUGUGUCUUUUGUGUCAUCUUCCUCUGCUUCCUCUGGGGUCGAGGCUAACCGUAAUUCAGCUGAAAAAUUGUGGCCGAAGAAGAAAGACAGCACACUCAAAGAUCUUCUUUUCAUAGACAUGGCAAUGGCAUCAGCGGAGAUUGAGAAAUCGACUUUACGAAGCAGCAAGUUUAGAAUUGCGGAGUCUAGGAGCGAUACAAUGAAGACGGAUCAGCCUCCAAGGAAUGAAUUUGUUGGUGCCUCAGGGGAGAUAAGAGCUGGACCUUGUGGGAAAUCAGUCGUCACCCCGCAACUUUCUCGUUCCAAUGCAAGAUCGAGGGCGACUCCAAUUCAAAUUAUUCAAGUGAAGUCCUUGAGCGAGGAGCACGUAGGUAGGGCCCUCUUUGCAAAUAGGUUCGGAAUGCUCUGCAACUGUCUGGGAAUACUUCCAGGAAGUCCCUAAGAACUCCACUCGGAAACGGCCAUGAAAUCGAGGUCUAAUAUAGUAUUAAGGUCCCACGAUGAACACUAAACGUUGUUGCCUACGCAGAGUAGACCUAGAGAACUACAUCGCCGCCUUGUAUUUUGCAAUGCUGAAAGUCGAAGGGUACGAAAGGUGUGUAUGAUUAUGUUGCAUGUAACCUGUAGUAUUUUGCUAAUGAGAAAGGGAUGAGCAAGGCCAAUACGAUACUUGGUUGUCGUAAGGUUAAGCACAAAUUCGAAUAGCGAGAAUCAGGAAACAAUGGAUUAGCCAGGUCAGGUUUCGGUGAGCAAUACUCUACGCCGACUCAACCCAAGUGGUGCAGCCAUGGCACCCAAGUAGCAAACCCGCGAGUGUUUUUCAUUUCCUCAGGUGCAGCGUUCGUUGAGCCCCGGGAUGUUGCAAUGAAGCCCCCAGGUGACCACUCCUUUCUCAAGCACACACGAUACAAGAAAUGGACUUUGGCGCUCGGAAAAGUUAAUGAUUGCCCGCCAACAGUGGGUAUAUGAACACCUUGGUAUGUUGGUGCGAGUAUGAAAAGGAGCUCCUAAAUGUUACUGUGAAGUCUGUUUUCAGAUUACGCUAAGGAAUAUCAAAAAAAAAAAAAAAAAAAAAAAAAAAUUCAUAGUGAAGUCUUUACGGUAGUUUCAGAGCACACACGUGCUUUUCGUCAUGUGUAGGGGCGGCGUGGUCCAACAAUCACACCCAAAGGCUUAAUUAUAUGAUCUGGGGACGGUGCUUUGGAAUUCCGAUGUACUAUCUGAGUGAUAAAUCUCGGUGACGCGUCCAUUGAACGUUAAAAAAAAUUUGCUCACUCUCAUGUGAAAAUUUU